UGUUCUGUUCCUAAGCCUCUCUGCCCCACCCCAACUGCCUCUCUCUCUGAGAAAGGUUCUGUUACUUCACUUUUUCCUUUCUUGAGUUUCCUUCAAGUGUUAGUGGAUUGUGCAAUACACAAAGUUCAUAUUUUUCUAUUGUUUUGCAUCAAUUUCAAACUUGAUCUAGUUACCAACUCCAGUGGAAGAAAUAGUUCCACUUUCUAGUUUAUUGUCUCAAGUUUUUUUCUAACUUUGACAUGGAAUUCUCUAAACUCUGUCUAUGCCAAUUCAUGAGCUCAACAAGUUCUCAAGAUACACUUGUUUUGGCUCUUGCCCUUUUCACCAAAGACUCUUCUGCCUUGCUCCAUAACCUUUCUUCUCGUUGCUUUGGUGUUACUAUGUGUGGGUCGUCUUCAAUUUAACCUCUGCUUGUUCUUGCUUCAAGCUAUCAACUUGUAAAUCUGUUAUUUUUUUUCCCUCUUAUUGGUUAUCCUGUGAUCGUUUUGAAUCACUUUUUGGGAGGUUAUUGUCUUCGGGGAUUGGUUUGGAGAUGAGGGUGAUUUUAGCACUGCUUCCGCAGCUAGUGAAUCUUUGCAUCAUUGGCUUUGUUGUGACACUCCAAGGAUCCGAAGGGUCUAUUAUAUCCCCAUCUCCAUCAUUUCUUCCUGUCAUUCAUCCUAGAGAAAAAGCACCUGGUCCUGUCCAUCAUGGACAGUCAUUGGGAAGCAGUGCACCAAGCUCACCUUCAGAUCCAGAUGGGUUUGUUAUAUCCCCAUCUCCAGCAAACUUACCUGUGAAUUCUUCCCCAAGUAAAGCACCUAGUCUUUUACACUCAAGAGAACCAUGGAGAACCAUUGCACCAAGCUUUCCAGAAGUACCAAAUGGGUCAUUCUUGCACCCUCCAGUUACAUUACAACCUGCUGCAUCAGCUCCAACUCCUAAGAAGGUGAAAGGAUUUGAUCCAUCUGUAUCUCCCAGUCCUAGUACAAGCACCAUAACAUCAUCACCACCGUAUAAGGCUGCUCCUGCACCGUCAACUGAUAAAGGGAAUGUGACACCAUCCAUACAAUCAAGUCCACCUCAAAGGAUAACACCUGAUGUUAGGCCUCCUAUACCCACACCAUCUGCUCCAGCUCCUGUUGUAAUACCCUCUAGCAAUCUGCCAAGAACUUCACCAAUCAGCCAACCAAUUGAAAAUGGAAGUUUGCCUCCUAAGGUUGAUAAGAGGAAUGAAAGUAAUAGUCAUGAGAAAGAGCCAAUAUCACGAGCCCCAGUUGAACUACCUUCUACCAAAUUGCCCAAAAUUUCACCAGCAAUUCAACCAACUGAAAAUGGAAGUUUGCCUCACAGAGAGGGUGCAAAUAAAGGUCACACCCCAGAGCUGCUUUCACCAGCCCCUGUCAUAUUCAAUUUGCCCAAACAUUCACCAGUGAGUCAGCCAACUGAUCAUGGAAGUUUGCCUCUAACUGUUCAUAGAAGGAGGAAUAACAACACAGGUCACUCAUUGGAGCCAGUUUCACAAGAAAAAAAUUAUGCAGCACCAGUCACAUCACCGAGUAGUUCACUUCCCAUAGAACCACCAUUGGUCCAUCCAGUCAUAUCAGCAGCGUCUCCUUCCAAAUUACCAGCACCUGUUCUCUCUCCCGCAUUAACACCUUCCGGAAGCUUGAGUUGGAAAAAUGGUGGAGAACCAGUUUCUGCACCUCUUUACAAAGCACCAAAGCCACUACCGGUUAUAGUACAUUCCCCUGCUCAAGCACCUGUUGUCUCUCCUGCAUUGACACCUUCCAGAAGCUUCAGCUGGAAGAAAGGUGGAGAACCAGUUUCUGCACCUCUGUACAAAACACCAAAGCCACUACCUGCUGUAGUACAUUCCCCUGCUCAAGCUCCUGCUGCACAUAAAGCGAGGCAAUUUCAGCCUGUUCCUGAGCCACUGAUUUCAUCUCCUAAAUCUCCUUUUAACAAAGAAGAUCAUUCUCCCACGUCUUCACAUUCAACUACAGUUUAUAAGCACCACCAUGCAAGGAAAACAAUCCCCAGCCUUGCUCCUGCAUCAACAUAUUUGGUUUCUCCUCCCACUUCGAAACUCGGAGAUCAACCAUUUCCUCCCACAUUGCAACCAAGUAGACAAAGACCUCAUACUCCACCACCAAUGAACACAGGUCCCGCAGUCUCACCAUUCAGUUUCCCAAUUCAGUCACCAGUGAGCCAGGUUUAUCCUGCUCCUUCUCCAACCAAAAUUCCGUUUCAUCCUCCUAAAGUAUCUCCUCCUAGAGUAUCUCCUUCUCGGCCUUCAUUUAAGAGACCUAAGAAGCCAGUCUUGCCUCAUGUUCCAGCACUGCCACCCCCACCUCCCAAUGAAGAUUGUUUGUCAACGGUUUGCUCAGAGCCCUAUACAAAUUCUCCACCUGGAGCACCUUGCAGAUGUGUCUGGCCCAUGAAAGUUGGUCUUCGCCUUAGUGUUUCUCUGUAUACCUUCUUCCCUUCGGUUUCAGAGCUUGCUUCUGAAAUUGCCACUGGGGUUUUCAUGAGGCAAAGUCAAGUUCGCAUUAUGGGAGCCAAUGCGGCAGGCCAGGAACAAGAUAAAACUGAUGUCCUCAUUGAUUUGGUACCUCUUGGGGAAGAAUUUGAUAACACUACAGCCUUUUUAACUUCUGAAAGAUUUUGGCACAAACAGGUUGUUAUAAAGACUUCAGACUUUGGUGAAUAUGAUGUGUUAUAUGUGAGCUAUCCAGGUUUACCUCCAUCUCCUCCAUUACCACCUUCAAGCAUUAGCAUUAUAGAUGGUGGUCCAUAUUCAAGUGGUGGCAGUAAUGGUAGGACAAUAAAGCCACUUGGGGUUGACAUACCAAAGAGGCAGCAUAAAGGUGGACUUAGCAAGGGAAUAAUAGCUAUUAUUGCUCUUUCAGUUUUUCUAGCAUUUGUUUUAUGUGUUGCUGCUGUUUGGGCCUUGCUCAAGUGCAGAGAUCAUACGAGUCAACCAACAUCAACCCCACGGGUUUUGCCACCCUCCCUUGCUAAAACACCAGGUGCUACUGGGUCAUUAGGUGGAGGUGUGCUUGCUUCAACUUCAUCAUCAUUUCGAUCUAGCAUUGCUGCUUAUGCAGGAUCUGCCAAGACUUUUAGCAUGAAUGACAUUGAGAAAGCCACCGAUAAGUUCCAUGCUUCUCGAGUACUUGGAGAAGGUGGUUUUGGACGUGUUUAUAGUGGUAUCCUUGAAGAUGGGACAAAAGUGGCAGUCAAGGUUCUAAAAAGAGAGGAUCAUCACGGUGAUCGUGAAUUCUUGUCUGAAGUUGAGAUGCUUAGCCGCCUUCACCACAGAAAUUUGGUUAAGUUGAUUGGUAUAUGCACAGAGGUCAGCUUCCGCUGUCUGGUUUAUGAACUCAUUCCAAAUGGCAGCGUGGAAUCCCAUUUACAUGGAGUUGACAAGGAAAAGAGCCCACUUGAUUGGAGUGCUCGGAUAAAGAUAGCUCUUGGUGCUGCUCGUGGACUGGCUUAUUUGCAUGAAGAUUCAAGUCCCCAUGUCAUACAUAGGGACUUCAAGUCUAGCAAUAUCUUGCUGGAAGAUGAUUUUACACCAAAAGUAUCUGAUUUUGGAUUGGCCCGAACAGCAGCUGAUGAGAGAAGCAGACACAUAUCAACACGUGUUAUGGGAACUUUCGGUUAUGUGGCUCCGGAGUAUGCAAUGACUGGGCAUCUUCUUGUGAAAAGUGAUGUUUACAGCUAUGGAGUUGUUAUUCUUGAGCUUUUGACAGGAAGAAAACCUGUAGAUAUGACACAACCUCCUGGUCAAGAGAACCUUGUUGCAUGGGCUCGUCCACUCCUCUCAAGCAAAGAAGGAUUGGAAGCAAUAAUAGAUCCAUCUCUAGCAACUGAUGUGCCUGUUGAUAGUGUGGCUAAAGUUGCAGCCAUUGCUUCAAUGUGUGUACAACCGGAGGUGUCAGACCGUCCUUUCAUGGGAGAAGUUGUUCAGGCCUUAAAACUUGUAUGCAAUGAAUGUGAUGAAGCAAGAGAAGCGGGUUCAAGUUCUAGCCAGGAUGAUUUAUCUGUUGAUUUGAACAAUUCUAGACAACUAUCAGAUAAUUUCCAAGGCCAAUUCUCAGCGACUAACUAUGAUUCGGGAGUUGAUAUUGAAAAUGGGUUGUCAGCAUCAGAGUUAUUCAGCUCAUCAGCAAGAUUUGGAAGGCAAGUAUCAGGAUCAUUCAGAAGAAGACAUUCUUAUUCAGGUCCACUGAAAACUGGAAGAAGCAAGCGGUUGUGGCAGAUAAUUAGAAGGCUUUCUGGUGGUAGUGUCAGUGAACAUAGAAUUAUGUUCAAGUCAUGACCAGGUUCCAAUUGAGCCAGUGCAAUUUUUGUACUAUCUUUGUGCAUAUUUUUGUUAAUCUGCAAAUUCACAAUAUGCUAGAGGAAUUGCUCCUCUGCCCUUGUCCUUUGAAGUUUGACAAGCGAAUACAAGUUGUAAAUAGGAUUUGACACAUUUUCUCUACUAACCGGUGUCAUAUGUAGUCCGUUUUAAUUAUGUGAAGAGGGAGAGCAAUGCAAAUCUAUCUAGAACAAAUUUUAGUG